AGACUGUGCUACACAACUACGCAGCUCAGCCUUUUGUUUACCUUUUCUAGCCGAUCAUGUCAUCCGAUUUGAAGGACUCGUGCAAACAAAUUCUGCACCGUCUUCAACAGCAGGAUGUGGCCGAGUUCGCCUGCGUGCUUUGCGCUCAGCACGUGCGCGGGCAGGAUGCGCUGAUGCAGCACCUCAUCGGCGAGCACCACAUCCACUGUGUGCACUUCGACAACGUGUCAAACCUUCCCGAGUUGCUCAGGCACCUCUCACUGCUGCUGCACCGCGGGUCGGCGCCCUCGCAUUGGACGUGUCCGGUGUGCGGGGAGGACACUCACAGCGCUGACGUUGACGUCCUGCUACAACACGCGUGGCAGAAGAACCACGCAAGUUGGAAUCCGAGCACCGUUCCGAGUUUGUCCGAAUGGUGGGUCACGGUGACGAUGGAGAAAACUGUGCCAACUGCGCUGAAACCCGUCCGCAGUUCUACUGCGGCUGCAGGGAAUACGAACGGCGUCGCGGACGACCAGGAAGACGACGAUGAUACAGCGUGGGAUGCGAUGGAAGAUGAGGAGGUCGACGAGGACGAGGACUGGAACCUGGAUUGUGUGUGUCUUUACUGCGACUACGACGGCGAGGAUGUGCUGGAGCACCUCAAGUCCACCCACGACUUCGACUUCCGCACUGCCGUGCAGCAGCGCGACGACAUGAAAAACGAGUACGAUCUCAUCCGUAUCGUGAACGCCGUGCGCCGGGCAGUCGCGGCGGACCGCUGCCCCUUUGACGAGCACUGUGCGAUCGACGGAACACACAACGACCGUGCGGCGUUGGAGCAGCACCUGCGGAUGACCAAAGCGCACCGCCUUCCAGCGCACGUUGCAGAAAACGACGCUGCUUUGAUUCCUGUGCUGCCGGGUGACGCUUUUAUUUCGAUGCUUGUGACGAGUGGCGGAGGGUUUUUGAAGGCGGAGGAGGACGACCCGGACUUCCCCAUGGUGCCCACCGUGCACGAGCUGGCAGCCGCGGCGAGAGAGCGGGGAAGUAAACGAUGA